GUUCUCCAGUCCACACUGUACAAGAAACUUGCAAUCAUGCUUGGAUCUUGCCUCCGGGCCCUCACCAGGGCAUCGCAGGCAUCGAGAAAGAAUGGCAUGCAGCUACAACACCUGCGGUUUCUCAAUGUCCACGAGUAUCAGGGCGCUGAGUUGAUGAGCCAAUACGGGGUCAAUGUUCCUCCUGGCAUUCCAGUCUUCAAGCUGGAUGAAGUGCUGCCAGCAGCAAAAAAGAUGGCUGAUGCAGAAGGCCAGGUUGUGGUGAAGAGUCAGAUCCUGGCUGGUGGACGAGGCUUGGGCAAGUUCAAGAGCGGCUUGCAAGGCGGGGUGCACAUCUGCAGCGUUGAUGAGGCACCCAAGCUGGCAGAGCAGAUGCUUGGACAGGUUCUUGUCACAAAGCAGACUGGCCCAGCGGGGAAGCCUGUCAACACCCUGUACAUUGCCAACAAGAUGAGCUUUGCAAACGAGAUGUACUUUGCAAUCCUGCUCGACAGGGCUUCUGCAGGGCCCAUGAUCAUUGCAUGCAGCGAAGGCGGGACUAGCAUUGAGGAUCUGGCAGAGAAGUACCCAGAGAAGAUCAUAAAGAUCACCAUUGACAUCUUCGAGGGCAUUACAGACGCUCAGGCCAACCAAGCUGUGGAGGCACUGAAGGUCAGUGGUGACAAGAAGGCAGCGGCAGACCAGAUCAAGGCUCUCUACGAGACCUUUGUGAAGAGCGACUGCACCAUGGUCGAGGUGAAUCCUCUGGCUGAGACGACAGAUGGCCGCCUCGUGGCAGCCGAUGCGAAGCUGGGCUUCGAUGACAACGCAGCCUUCAGGCAGAAGGAGCUCUUUGCCAAGCGGGACUCGUCCCAGGAGGACCCCAGGGAGGUGGCGGCGGGCAAGUUUGAUCUGAACUACAUCGGGCUAGACGGCAACAUCGGCUGCAUGGUCAACGGUGCUGGCCUGGCCAUGGCGACCAUGGACAUCAUCAAGCUGCAUGGCGGAUCCCCCGCCAACUUCCUGGACGUGGGAGGCAAUGCCUCCGAGCAGCAGGUGGUGGAGGCAUUCAAAAUCCUCACAUCAGACCCCCAAGUCAAGGCCAUCAUGGUCAACAUCUUUGGUGGCAUCAUGAAGUGCGAUGUCAUCGCUGCUGGCAUCGUCAACGCAGCAAAGGGGGUGGGCGUGUCAGUUCCCCUGAUAGUGAGGUUAGAGGGCACCAAUGUGGAGAAGGGCAAGGAGAUCCUGAGCAACAGCGAUGUGGACAUCAUAGCAGCUGAUGACCUGGACGAUGCUGCAACCAAGGCAGUCAAGUCCAUCCAAUGACUGCUGGCAGCUGACUGAGCUGGCCUGUACUAUACUUUUUGCAGGAAUUCUUAUCGUGACAGAAAGGCAUAGAUCAUCACUAGCAUCACUGUUCUGGGGGCUUGUAGUCGAUGAGUUGGCUGAGAGGUCUUGUCCUGCAAACAACCAAGAGUCUCACAGAGAUUAGUGUUAGCCGCCUCGGGGUCUAAGGUCUUUGUUGGGUCGUGUGACUGUUCGUCAUGCCACAUAUUUUGUUCAAGAGGUGUUUAAAAUUCUACAUUAUGAAGUGUCACCAAGUGAGUGCAUUCUCGCAGUUGCAUGUAUACCUACGUAGGUGGAACGCGGGUUCGCAGUAGCUUUAUUAAUAUCGUCUUGCAUUC